AUUCUGAAUUUCAGGAGUAGAAGGAACGAGCCGCCAGAUGAAGAUGCGCGAUCCCCAAAGCAGAAUCGUGACGAAAGGGAACGUGCCGUCGACACCGGGCAUGAUUCCCACCGCGGAAACGAUGAAAUCCUCCCAGCAACUGGUGCUCACGCCGACCAUAUCCUGGAUACCGCAUCAGGUCUGUUUCUUCGGGCCGGGGUCGAGCAACAAUCCGACGAAACAAUCAACGGGCGGCGCGGAUCAAGGGAUGUACGGGGCCUCCUCGGCCGCGGAGAUCGGGUAUCCGAUUUCACAACACCACCGCCAAGGUUACCAGAACACGAAUCACGCGCCAAAUUACGUGCAAGUGCAGGCGCAAUCGGUGCAAUUCUUCCCUGGAAACAUUGGGCUGCAAAAUGGCGGCAAAAGUUCCGGCCCGACUGGGCCUGCGGUCCCCAAUUUUCCUAUAUUUCCCAGGCAACAGCCGAGCUUGCCGAGCGGAAACGCGAAUUCGAAAACGCCUUAUUAUUGCACCUUCAUCCCAGCGCCGACCUUCCAGUUCCCCAGUGUUCCUGGAGUGUCCGAGUACAAUCAGAGGUCGUCCGUUAAAUACGGGAGCAACGAGAAAGAGGACGAUUCGGAGGACGAAUAUCCUGGAUCGUGUCCGUCUAAUAUGAUUCGAUGCAACGACGAGAAACGAUGCGUAUUCAGGACGCAAUGGUGCGACGGAUUGGUGGAUUGUUACGAUGCGAGCGACGAGACGACGUGCUCUUGCAGAGAUCGAAUUUCCCAGGAACGACUUUGCGACGGUUACUUCGAUUGCCCGCAUGGAGAGGACGAAUUGGGAUGUUUGGGUUGUCCAAAGACUUCGUUCAGUUGCAACGAUUGGCAAAGACGGUACAGCAAGGACAAUUGCGUCCCACUUUCGCAAAGAUGCGACGGAGUGAAGAAUUGUGCCAAUGGAAAAGAUGAAAUGGAAUGCAAUAUUCUCACCCCUUCGUUCCUCGAGGGGAAAAAUGUAUUCACGAUUGGCUACAACGAAGGAUACCUUCACAAGAACUUCAAGGGCCAAUGGUAUCCCGUGUGUACAGUGGUCAAAUCAUGGACCAAGGAUGCCUGCAUAUCCGAAAUUGGCCACGACAUUAGCGGAUAUCCAGAGGUGAAAAUCCACUCGAUGCCUGCCAACGCGUAUAGGGGACCCUAUAUAGCCGAGGUGAACGAUCGGAUAAAGUUGGUUCCCUCGUGUAUGGACACCGCUGUUUUCGUUCGUUGUCCACGUUCCCGUUGUGGAACGAGCGCGUUUUCCCACGAGGAUUCCCUGGAGCCCCAUGUGUUGGAGAAGGAGGAGCGGAACACGUUCCAGAUGUUCGACGAGCUGGUGUGGCCCGGGUACAGGAAUCGGAUAGAUCCGAUGAAAUUCGAUGAAAACGGGGAUAAAGAGGACGAUAUGGUGGGCUCGCAAUUGCGCGUUGUCGGCGGCAGGGCGAGCCAGCCGAAAGCGUGGCCAUUCCUGGUCGCCAUUUACAAGAACGGUGUCUUUUGCUGCGGCGGUGUUAUCCUGAACGAAAUGUGGAUCCUGACCGCGGCUCACUGCCUCGAGGGUUACACGGACCACUAUUUCGAGAUCCAGGCGGGAAUACUUCGUAGGCAUUCUUUCUCGCCUAUGUCGCAGAUCAGGAAAGCGCGACACACGGUGAUGCAUCCUCGUUACAACGGGAAAGACAUGAAGAACGACAUCGGUAUGAUCAAGCUUGACGAUCCUCUACGUUUCAAUCGAUGGAUCCGACAAGUUUGCCUCCCUAGCAAGGAUAUCUUGGGCCCCAUGUGGAGAAACAAGCCUGAGCCUAACUCCACUUGUGUAGCGAUCGGCUGGGGCGCUUUGAGGGAGUAUGGACCUGAUCCCGACCACUUGAGAGAAGUAGAAGUACCCAUAUUAAAGAAUUGCAAACACGAGGUUGAUCAGAACGAGGCCGCCAUUUGCGCUGGAUACCCCCAAGGUGGCCGUGAUGCUUGCCAAGGGGAUAGUGGUGGUCCCUUGUUGUGCAGAAAUCCAUACUCAGAAUCGCAGUGGUACGUGGCGGGCAUAAUUAGUCAUGGCGAAGGAUGCGCUCGACCGAACGAACCGGGCGCCUAUACGAGAGUCAGCUACUUCCUGAACUGGAUUCAAGAAAUUUCCAGUGAUCAAGGGAUAGUUCCUUUGAGACGAACCCCCUUGAAAAGAUGUCCAGGCUUCAGUUGCGAGGGUGGUUUGGGCAAAUGUUUGCCAGUGGAGGCUCGUUGCAAUCGAGUGAUCGAUUGUUUGGACGGCGAAGACGAGGUCAAUUGCCGCCAUUAUCCAAUUUACAGACAACUAGGCAACGCUAGUUUCGAAAAUGGUGUACCUUCCACCAUGGAAAUGGGCGAAGAUCCCACGAAACCUGGCGAAAUCUUCACCUCUGUCUCUCCAUUGUUCGAUGAUACGAGCAACAAGCCUGCGGAUAGAUCCGAAGAUCGAAUGAGCAACGAAUUGGAAUUAAACACGGCUUCGACCACCUCUAAUUCUAAUUUGAAAUUCGACGACGAAACCAGCACCACGACUUCUACAACUUUUAGUUCUAAUUAUGUUGAAAAUGCCUCCUCGAUAACGUCGACGCGUUUUCCUACCAUUUUCACUUGUACAAGGUUGCUUCAAAGCGUCACAAUCGAGAAGAGAUGCGACAGAGUAGUGGACUGCGAGGACAGUACAGACGAGUUAAAUUGUACUUGCAAAGAUUAUUUGCAGAACUUAAGACCGACCGCCAUCUGCGAUGGUUACGCGGAUUGCGACGAUUUGACCGACGAACGAGACUGUGAGCUUUGCGGGAAGAGCGAAUUUUUCUGUACAACGAGCAGAAAUUGUAUUUCGAUGUCGAAGAAAUGCGAUGGAAAAUUCGAUUGCGAGUUUAAGGAGGACGAGCUCGAUUGCUUCGCGUUCACCGAUGGCCACCGUGUGUACUUGGAUGCCAAUGGACGGCCAUUUUUGAACAAGGAAGGAAUUUUGACCAGAUAUAUUAAGGAGAGAUGGCAACCAGUUUGCCAUCGUCCCAAGAUCCAUAAAAAUCAAUCCACGACCAAGCUUAUUGGACAAAAUAUGUGUGAAUACUUUGGUUUCGCAAACUUCGAAUCAUCGGAAUCCAUCACUGUGAAGAAUUCUAAGCUCGAAACGAUAGCUUGGCAGAAGAAGAACUUUACGUUUUACCGAGAGGCCUCCUCAACGACCUCUCUGAGCCAAGCGGGAAACUUGGAAACCUGUUUGGGACUUUAUAUUCGUUGUGCGUCGACUCUGGACGGUAAUGCGCAUGCGUAUUUAACCAGCGAUUCGAAUACCGGAAGGCGAGAACACCUGUGGCCUUGGUUGGCCGCCAUCUUUGUCGACGGACGCUUCCGCUGCGAGGCGCUGCUGUUGGACUCGAACUGGUUACUGUCCGCCACGAAAUGUCUGGAGAACGUCAGAUUGGAUUCAAAUUAUACCACAGCCGUGCUCGGUCACGGUUCCUUGUUCCGUCACAUAGACGGCCCUCAUCAACAGAUAUCGAUCGUCGAUGAACUGCAUCCUGUGAAUAACUCUGUGUCCAUUUUAUUACACUUGAAGAGUCGGGUUCAUUUCGAUCGUUACGUGCAACCGUUGUUCCUCGAUAAAACAAUUUAUCUACCAGGAGCGAACGAUAGUUGCGUAGCUGUCGGGUUCAAUGGGGAUCACGAGGCCGGAUCGAUCUUUUUGAAACCUGUCCUAGAAAAUUGCUCCAAUUGUCAUCGAUGCUUCGUUAAUCGUUCCGAAUGUUGGAAAAACGAAACAAAUUGGAGCGGAACGAUAUUCUGUCGCGGAAGAAAGGGAUGGUACCCCGCGGCUGUGUUCGAAGACAACCAACGUUGCAAUUUCACAGAUUCGGUGACGAGUAUCGAGUACAUAAAUCCCUACCUGAUGGAGGCAAUAGACGGGCCAAGAAAGUCGAUCGAACCAACGUGUCACGGUUUUCGAUGCAACAUCGGCCAUUGCCUCCCGCAGAAUCGUGUUUGCGACGGAGUCCCCGAUUGUCGAGACGAGGGCGACGAGGAACCGGAAUAUUGCGGAAGAUUUCGAGAAAAUUGCGAGAACGCCGUAGAGGGUUGCAAUUGCACGAGGACGGAGCUUCGAUGCAGGAAUGGGAAAUGCGUGGAUCGAGGCGCGUUCUGCGACCGAAGAAACGAUUGUUUCGACGGGUCCGACGAGCCUGAAGUGUGCACCUGCUCCGAAUACCUGAAACUCACAGCCCCGCAACGAGUGUGCGACGGCGUCCGCCAUUGCGUCGACAAAAGUGACGAGGCGCCGGAAAUGUGCCCCUGCAGGGAAUCGAGUUUCAAAUGUAAAACGAUGAAUGGAAGAGAUAUUUGCGUGCCGAGAGAUUUCGUUUGCGACGGGGCGAAUGAUUGUCCGAGCGGCGAGGAUGAAGCAGUAUGCAGAAUGUUGAUGCCAUUCUCGAACGACAGCGAUAGCUCGGGAGAAAUGAUUCGUCGGAGUUACGGCGUCUGGCAUACGGAAUGUUUUUCGAGCCCCGUUUCGCCCGAAUUGGCAUCGGAUCUCUGCAAAUCGAUGGGAUAUUCUUCAGGGGACGUUAUUAAUGGUGUUGUGGCGACCGACCAACCUACGACUCUCAAGUUGGACAAUUUUUACAUAGCGAAGAUAAAUGAUUGGGUAUGGUUGUCCCUGAUAAGGGGCGACAAGCCAUUGGUAACUUUGGAAAAAUCGAACGGGACUUGUCAUCGUGCAUUUUUAAAUUGCGGAUCGAAAAUUAAUUAAU